AGGUGAGCAGGCAAGUGCAGAAAGAAAAGAGGGGAGGGGAGAGGGGACGUGCAUGGUCAAACGCAAAAAAAAGGCAUGGCCAGCGAAAAUAAAUGGGUUGUCAUUUUUUUGCCCACUAUUUUGCCUGAAAACAGCGCCAGUUUCUGAAUUCAAAAAGUAUUUUUGUUUUUGUAUUUUUUCGUUUCUAUUAUAUUUUUCGUUUUGCACAUACUAACACUUUGCUUAUUUCCAAUUCAGCUCUAAGCAACCUAUACAUCUACUCAUUCGUGCAAAAUGUCCAGCGGAAUCCCCACCAACGACCAGUGCCUGAAGAAGUUCACUGGUCUCAAGACCCGUCACUUGUACAAGUACGUCAUCUUCCAGAUGAACGAGCAGAACAACGAGAUCAUUGUCGGGCACAGAUACAGAUUGAAGAAGAACACAGAGCUGACGGCCGAGGACCUCGAGAUCCUUGAUAAGGAAAAACACACCGAGGGUAAUGAGACCAACACGUCCAACUCUGAUGAGAAGCCCACCGAGGAGGAGAUGUACGAGGACUUCCUCGCUCACCUGCCCGAGACCGAGUGCCGCUAUGCCGUCUACGACGUACAGUUCCAGAAGAAGGAGGUGUUGAGCAACAAGAUUGUCUUCAUCACGUGGUCCCCGGACAACGCCAAGAUUAAGGCCAAGAUGAUUUAUGCGUCCAGCAAGAACGUGCUCAUUAGCUCGCUUAAUGGCGUGCACCAAAUCAUUCAGGCCACUGAUAUGGAUGAGGUCUCGUUUGCCUCCAUCGAGGAGAAGCUCCAGAGAGUCUAGGUUAUUUUUCUUCCCUUCCAUCCUUUUAUUUAACCCUUUUGCUUUUUUUUAACAAAGAAAAAGUUUAUAAUUCAGAGCAGACAGA